AUGUGGGCUACCAGCAGCAUGAUCAGUGAAAGUGGCUGCAGCGAGAGUUCUCGCGGGGUGCGUCUCGAAUGCGACCCCAAGCAACGACGACUUACUAUCACGGGUGGAAUGGACGACACGGAUGCCUCAGGCUUGAAUGUUCAGCUGUCGGACCAAGAGAUCGUCACCGAUCUAUUGGCGACUCUCCCCAAGCUCAAAGCCGCGGUAGAGGACCACGAGAACAGGGCACCGAAUUGGCUUCGUAAGUCUAAAAGCGGUGAGGCCGUCGAGAUAUUCGAGCUGCUGCCUACUCGAGAUGGCAAAGGAGACGACAUGGAUCUUGUGCACUCCGUGGUGGCGACGAUCGAGAUCGAGUGUCAUUUAAACGAGGUGCUGAACGUGUUGACAAGCCACAAGACCAACCACGACUUGGAGGCCUCGAUGCGCGCUAUUAUCCCUAAAAAGAAGGUCCGACAAGGUGAAGUGUUGCUACAACCGCAUGCUACGACGCUCGACGGUGCACCUAUUAGACACACUAGACUCACGCAGAAAUCUACAAGAGGAGGCAAGACAGUGAGAUUCGACAACACGAGUAUUCCCGAGGAUGAAGAGGAGGACGAUUCAGAGCGUAAAGUGCUGGUCAGUGUUAGUAUGACGCGUUUUAAAUCCAAGCGAAGGCUCGACGUGCGUGGCCGACUGCGCAACCGCCACCAACGUCUGCAGAAGCUUUGUCUUGCCACUCUGACGCAUCAGUUCGUGGGGAAACAACGCGCUGUUCACGUAAUCAAGACGCUGCCUCGAUCACAGAUCAGUGCUGGGCAGUGGCCUACGUGGCCUUGA